AUGAUUACAUUAACGGCAGAAAAUCUUAUUUUAGCCCUCAAAGAAUUUCUUGUAGUAUGGGCUAAUCAGAUCUUAUACUACAAUGAGAUAUAUUCCCCUGAAAUAUUUGAAAAAUAUAAAUCAUUUGGCGUGAUAAUAUUCAAAUCAAGGAAUCCAGCAGUGAAUUCAUAUUUGGAAAAGUUUGUGAACAGCUUUAUUGAAAUAUUACUUACAGACUACGGUGGAAAAGUAAGGCAAUUGGUAAUGCUAGUGUAUGACUCAAAGUCUAACUAUGCUAGACAUAAAUACGUUAUUCAAUUCAAUGACCUUAUAAAUUUGAGUACUGCUCUACCAGAUCUCAGUUUUUUGACCACAGAGAAUCCCACCAGUGAAACUAAGAUAGAUAUAUCUACUCUCUCUUGGGAUGAGGUAUACACUCAACUCAGAUCUGCAUUAUUUCAGCAUUUGAAUGAACUUCGAAGAAAGAGUCUGUCAAUAAAGAAAAGUGAUGACUUAUUCUUUAAAACAAUUAUAGAAAUCGACGAUUCUUUCAAUUUAGAUGCACUGCCUCUAAAGUCUGAAUGGGUAAGGAUAUCGAACUCUCUGAAGGGUAAUAAAACCCCUGUGAAAGGCUUUGCUCCAAUAGGAGAAGUAAGUUUGGCUGUAUUUAAUUUCGAUUUACAUAAUGAAUAUAUAUCUUAG